GGAAGUAAUCUGUGUGUGAGAGGAGAGUAUACAGAUGUCGGCAUACGACCAAACCAACAACGGUGUUUGAUACUAUAAAUCAUGAAUUAAAUUCAUUCGAUCUUAUUCAUACAAACAAAUACUGCACUCUACAUACAAAUCGUUGUUUCUUCUCUCUCUCUCUGUCCCUCCAAUUCAUUCUGAGUUGCUGUUUGGAUGGCGGAGGAAGCGGGGAGUCCAGGUGGUGGUGGAAGCCAUGACGAGAGUGGUAGUGGUGGCGGUGGCGGUGGUGAUUUAAGUCCAAAGUCGAAAGUUAGAGAACAAGACCAACGGUAUCUACCGAUUGCGAAUAUAAGUCGAAUUAUGAGGAAAGGAUUACCUGCUAAUGGUAAAGUGGCCAGAGAUGCUAAAGAUUCUGUUCAAGAAUGUGUUUCCGAGUUUAUCAGCUUUAUUACUAGCGAGGCAAGUGAUAAGUGUCUAAGGGAAAAGAGAAGAACUCUUAACGGCGAUGAUCUUAUAUGGGCAAUGGAUACAUUGGGUUUUGAAGAUUAUAUUAAGCCAUUAAAGGCAUACUUACAUAAAUAUAGAGAGAUUGAGGGUGACACCAAGGGAACAGGACAAGGAAAUGAAGAGUCUGUCAUGAAAGAUGGGGUUGCUCAUCAAAAUUCGUAUUCUCAAGGUCUCAGCUAUGUAAACUCACAGGUAUAUCCCUGGUGUGCGUAUGAGUGUGUUGUUUAAUAAUGGUACUGGAAAGUAUACAUUUGUCUAGCACUCUAGCUGGAUUAGUUUUUAUCCUCAAGGUCUUAGCUGGAUUGUUUUAAUUGAUAUGAUUAUUUGUGCUCAUAAUGAUUAAUGACAUACACACGGCAGUUAGAUUGUGUAGUAAUAAUGGCUUUACCAGCACUAUUAUUAUGUUUGUAUACCUGUGAUGAAACCAUUAUGAAUGUCA